AUUUUUUUGUUUGUUUGUUUUAGGGGCUGAUGUUAUCAACUUUGAUGGCCAUGUUGUAUUACCAUAUAGAUUCAGAAACAAGAAGAUGAAAACACUGAAAGAUGUCAUUGCCUUGAAAUUUAAGACGUCUGAAAGUGAAGGAGUAAUCUUGCACGGAGAAGGACAGCAAGGAGAUUACAUUACCUUGGAACUGAAGAAAGCCAAGCUGGUCCUCAGUUUAAACUUAGGAAGCAACCAGCUUGGCCCCAUAUAUGGCCACACAUCAGUGAUGACCGGAAGUUUGCUGGAUGACCACCACUGGCACUCUGUGGUCAUUGAGCGCCAGGGGCGGAGCAUUAACCUCACGCUGGACAGGAGCAUGCAGCACUUCCGCACCAACGGAGAGUUUGACUACCUGGACUUGGACUAUGAGGUACACUUGAUGACGUAGAAAUUGUGAUAAAACGUCGGGCAACUGCGUCACUCUCCUACUGUACUGUAUUAUUGUUAACUAUAUUACGAGUUACACCAUUUUUAUUU